GAGCCGGGCGUGGCGGUGCGAUCCCUCUGGAAUGUUUCCUUCGGCUCCGCCCAAAGUGGGAAGGCGAGGAUUGGCCGCAAGCGCUGGGUGGUCGCCACUGAUUGGACCCCGCUGGGGGCGGGCCCCGCCCCCUGGCCGCGGCUGCAGUAGAGGCCCGGCCGGGAGUUUGCAGAGACCCAAGUGGGGCGCGCUCCGGCUGGCGGCAGCGAUUCAGGUUCCCGCGAGCAGCCUGAGCAACAGAGACCCUGCCUGCUUUUUCAAAUGAGGACUCGGAGGCCUAUGAAGUGAGCUGUGCUGCCCACAGCCACACAGCAGAGGAUUUUUUUGACUACUGUCUUGCCUGGAAGUGUGGUGAAAGGACAGAUCCAAGACCUAGAGUAGCCAGUGUGCACCCCAGGUCUCUCUUCUCGCCUCAGCCGAUGCCGCUAGGACUGGGGCGGCGGAAGAAGGCCCCGCCGCUGGUGGAGAAUGAGGAGGCCGAGGCAGGACGCGGUGGGCUGGGCGUUGAGCAGGGCCCACUGGGCGGGGUGGGCGCAGGGCUCCCCCAGGCUGGGCUGCCGCCCCCACCCCCUGCGCUGCGCCCUCGUCUCGUGUUCCACACCCAGCUGGCGCACGGCAGCCCCACCGGCCGCAUUGAGGGCUUCAGCAACGUGAAGGAGCUGUAUGGGCGCAUCGCGGAGGCCUUCCGCCUGCCGCCCGCAGAGGUGAUGUUCUGCACACUCAACACCCACAAAGUGGACAUGGACAAGUUGCUGGGCGGCCAGAUCGGCCUGGAGGACUUCAUCUUUGCCCAUGUCAAGGGGCAGCGCAAGGAGGUGGAGGUGUUCAAGUCGGAGGAUGCUCUGGGCCUGACCAUCACUGACAAUGGUGCAGGCUACGCCUUCAUCAAGCGUAUCAAGGAGGGCAGCGUGAUCGACCACAUCCAGCUCAUCAGUGUGGGUGACAUGAUUGAGGCCAUCAAUGGCCAGAGUCUGCUGGGCUGCCGCCACUACGAGGUGGCCCGGCUGCUCAAGGAGCUGCCCCGCGGCCGCACCUUCACACUGAAGCUCACGGAGCCUCGCAAGGCCUUUGAUAUGAUCAGCCAGCGUUCAGGGGGCAGCCGCCCUGGCUCCGGCCCACAACUGGGCACUGGCCGAGGAACCCUCCGGCUGCGAUCUCGGGGCCCAGCUACAGUGGAGGAGUUGCCCUCAGCCUUUGAAGAGAAGGCCAUUGAGAAGGUGGACGACUUGCUGGAGAGCUACAUGGGGAUCAGAGACACUGAACUGGCGGCCACCAUGGUUGAGCUGGGGAAGGACAAAAGAAACCCGGAUGAGCUGGCCGAGGCCCUCGAUGAACAGCUCGGUGACUUUGCCUUUCCGGACGAGUUCGUCUUUGACGUCUGGGGAGCUAUUGGGGAUGCCAAAGUUGGCCGAUACUAGGAACCCACUGGACCUCUCAGUGACCAGGGCCAGCCUGCUAGAGGUCCCAGAGGGGACACCAGGCUGGGAUCCUGCACAUCCAGCUGGAGCUCAUAGCUGGAGCUCAGUGGUCAAGGUGGUGUGCAGCAGCAGCAGGGCAGGGCCCAGCCCUGCCUGUUCUAGUUGGUACCAUGGUCUCCCUGGAUCUCAGCCUUGCUGGGGUCCCUGGCCCCCUACCUCAGCUGGGUCAGGAACCCGGGGAUGGACUUGUACUGGGUGACCACUCUGCCUACUGCUUUCCACUGUCAGCUGCCAAAUGGGUCCCUGCGCCUCCCUGGGGCCUAGGUUCUGUUUGGGGCUUGUGACCUGGUUUCCUGACACAGGGAAUGUGGGAUGGGGUCCCCCUCAGUAAAUGCAAUAACCCCUUCCCCUAUGCCCUCCUAAAAGGAGCCCCUGACUUGGAGUCUGUUACCUCUGUGUUGGGGAAGAGUUUGCUGUGAACCCCCAGCCACCCCCCACUUUCGCCCUCCAGGCUCCCAGAAGGGAGGGAGGCAGGGGCAGCGAUGGCAGGGGCUUUUGUAUCUGAAUUUCUGUCUUGAACAUAAAGGAUCUAUCUGGA